AUGUUUCUUGGGGUGUCGAGGAGGUCUUUUGCAUCUGCCGCGGCGGUGGCGGGGCGGGGACCCUCUAGGAAUGAUUUUACGCAUUGUGUAAGUGGAGGGAGGAGGAAAUGGUGAUGAUGAUGAUGAUAAAAGGGAUCUGGGGUUUGGCUAAUUUCUGAGUUGGGGAGGGUGGGUGGGUGAGUGAGGGGAUGUACAGGUAAUAGGAGGAGGAGUUGUGGGCUUAGCUGUCGCCAGGCAAUUAUCCAAGAGACCGGGAACGAGUACGUUAUUGCUUGAGCGGCACAAAGCAAUUGGCACAGAGACCUCGUCUAGGAAUUCUGAGGUCCUUCCCCUCCCCCCUCCCUCCUCCUCCUGCAUACUAAUCAGCCCCUAGGUAAUCCACGCGGGCCUCUACUACCCGCCCAAUAGCCACAAAACCAGGCUCUGCAAGGCUGGCAGCGCCCUUCUCUACGCCCUCUGCGAAAAAUACCGCAUUCCCCAUCGGCGUACUGGCAAAUGGAUACUAGCACAGGACCCCACCCAACUCGAAUCGCUCGAGCACUUGCACGCUCACGCCCGCGCUCUCUCCAUCCCCAUGACAUGGCUUACGUCCCAGCAGGCGCGCUCACGGGAGCCCGCCGUCCGGGCGGAAGCCGGGGUUCUCGAGUCGCCGCUCACCGGUAUCGUGGACUCGCAUGCGCUCAUGACGUUCCUGCUCGGGGAUUUCGAAAGCGCCGGCGGCGACCUCGCCAAGGGCGCACGGGUGGUUGACGUCCAGACGGUUGGGUCGGGCGGGGAUAUGGGGUAUAGAGUUACCGUGCAUGGUGAUGGGCAGAGCGGUGGUGGGGAGUUUAGUGUUUCUGCCGAUGUGUUGGUUAACGCGGCGGGCUUGUCCGCCAUUGGCAUUUCGAACAUGCUCUUGCGGAGCCACCCGGAAAGGUUACAGCGGGCUUACUUUUGCAAGGGGACGUACUUCUCCUAUUCCGCUUCCACGCCCAAGGUCGGGACCCUGCUUUACCCCACACCGAUCAAAGGCUUCGCCGGACUCGGCACCCAUUUGACCAUAGAUAUGGCCGGGCGCGUCAGGUUCGGGCCUGAUGUAGAGUGGGUCCCGGGCCCGAGUGACCUAAAGCCCAAUGAGAGUAGGGUAGCCGCGGCGAUUGCCGCCAUAAAGACUUAUUUGCCCGGGUUGCGGGAGGCCGUGCUCGCGCCGGAUUAUUGUGGGAUUAGGCCCAAAUUAGUGCCUGAAGGGCUGGGUGGGGUUGGGCAGGUGGACUUUGUCAUUCGGGAGGAGGAGGGGUAUAGCGGAUUUGUGAAUCUGCUGGGGAUUGAAAGUCCUGGUGCGCUUUGCAUACCCAUCACGCAUCUAUUAUGCUCCACGUCCAAGGGAAGCGGAUGCUGAUUGUUGGAUAGGACUUACUUCUUCGUUGGCGAUUGCGGAGAUGGUUGAUGGGAUUCUGUACGGGUGAAGAUUGAGAUGAAAUCUCGGAAUUACGGCGCGCGAUAUACAGGUAUAUGACUUUCCAGCGGGUUGCAGAGCACAUAGGCAUUAUGUCCAUUUCCUCUUUGAAUCUAUGAUAUUCCAUGAUUGUAUGUACAAUUGUUAACCCAUUACUCCAAAACGGCGAGCAUCUCCUCCUCACUCGUAAACUUCUCCCUCUCCUUCCCAAAUCUAGCCCCACGCUCCUUCUCUGCCUUGUCAAUCUUCAUCCAUUGCGCCCAGCUGAUGGGCCUUAUCCCCCGACUCGCAACUUCAUUCCUGACGGCCUCCCAGCCAGACUUCUUCUCUGCCCCGCCAAACCUCAUAAACUCCACUUGACCACCCGUCCAGUCACUGACCAUUCUAUCGCCAGUGUCAAAGGCAUCGUACAUAGUGCUAGCAAUGACACCCGUAGGCCCGCGUUUGACCCAUCCACUGGUGUAGACUCCGGGUACGGGGAUGGCAGGAUCCCCGGUUUUUGGGCCAAGGGGUCUAACGACGCGGCCGUCCUCGUUGGGAACCAAUCCGCGUUUCUCGUUGAAGGGAAUGCCGAGAUCCCCGAAUCCGGGGAUUCGCUCACUCAGAUAUCCGAUGCUUCUGAAUGCUAGAUCCGUCGGGAGCACUUCGGUCUGGCUGGUGCCAAUGGCGUUGGAAGUAGGGGAGAACAUCGGUUCCUCUAGUCUGUUCUUUUCGAACUCUAUUGCUCCAAUGCGAGCCGGGUCACUCGCUGAUGGGAUAAACGCCUUCGGCGAGCGUAGGAAGCCUAGUUCCCACGACUUCUCCGCACCAGUCAGCUGUGUCUUUGGACCUUUCUGUAGGACCUGAAUGAUCCGCUUCUGCGCUCUCGGGAAGGAAUUCGGAUCUUCGGGGAGUAGAGAAGCGUGCACGGGGUGAAACCCAACUCCCCGCAGAGACAACAGCUCUCUCAACUCCUUCACUGUAAACGCCGCCUGCAAUAGCCCCCUCCUACCCACAACCC